AAAUAUUUCCAGUUAAUCUAUAUGAGUUUCAAAUUUUCUAAGUCAUUGAGAUGCACCAGUAUAUAAAAACAAUAAAGUAAUAAAACAAUAUUUGUCUCAAGUCAAACUUGGUCAUACUGUACUUAGAUGCACAAAUUUUGGACGGAUGGGAAAUGUGUUGUAUUCCUGCAGAAAUAGUCGCCCAUUGCCAGCUUGUUUGUCCCAUCACACUUGCCGUCCUUUCAAUUAUUAACUAGGCUUGGACGAUACUAAAUAAUACAAAGUAACAACGGGGUAAGUGUUGUCGACACCGAUGCUUUUUAAACCACUUUUCAAGUUAAUGCAACACAAUAAAAACAUAUGCGUGUCAAAUAAAUAUAGAAGUGAACUACAAAGAUAAAUCACAGCACGAUUUUAUCGACCAAACACUGACACCCUGGUUGGUGUUGACCUCUGGAUCGACUUCGAUAACUUCUUCCGGUGUCUUGACGAGUUGUGAUUUGAGUACACAAGUGUCGGCGUUGUCCUAGCAAAAUGAGAUAUUUGCAUUCUUAUUGUAUUGCUUCUCUCUCCGUGUGUUCUGUGUAUGUGGUGUACGCGUACAUCUACCGUUCUCAUAAGUUACUGAAAACAAAUGCACUCAGCUACGACAGACUUCCGAGUGUUGCGUAUCUUUUUCUGAAAUGUCUGAGUAACGCUCUUACUCGGAGAAAAGGCAGUUUGUACAAAAAGAGUAGGAAGAGGAACGGCGAGGUGGUGUAUGCCGUCCAUAACUGCAGGGUGGACGUGAAGCUGUUGAGGAGCUUCUGCAGUGCCACAGGUUAUGGUUGGGAUUACCCAGACAGUCAAUACAGAGACAUCCCCCUCUGCUUCCCUCAGGAGAUGUGCUACAAGCUGCUGCUGCUGGCCAUUGCUGAUGACAACUUCCUGUUGAGUCCCCUUGGUCUGUUGUGUGUGCGUCAGAGCAUUAAAAGCCAUCAACCAGUGGAUGAGCUGAAGAAAGGUCCCUUUGUGCUCCGAGUUCAAGUCCUGGUGUACAGACUUGUUGAUGCGGGCGUGGAGGUGGACGUGCGUCUGUCAGCUUUUUCACGAUGUGAGAGUGUUGUAUGGGAGAGCAUCAUUACACUGCUGUCCAAAAACGAGCCCCAACAAGCCAACAAAUGUGUAGCCAAGAAAGAAAAUGAGGGUGAAAAGAAUGAAGUGGUGCUGACAAAUGCGAAGCAAGUGGAGCUGAGCGUUCCCCUGAGCACUGGGCCACCAUGUCCCUGGUCCUUCUUUGACCACUGGCUCCUCUUUCUGCCAGCCGGCCUGCUAGGCUUGAAGUUGCGUCCCGUUUCCAGCGUGUGGAUGUUGUCUGUCUGCCUGGCUGAAAUAGAGAAGCGUGAUGGGGUCGGAGUCGUCACAUCUCCAGUGAACAUCGUGGCCCAGUUUCAGGACCCUUUGUUGGCACCAAGCAAAGUGAAACUUUUAUUUUGGAAGUGUCCUACACAAGAUCUCGCCUUUCAAAUGCAGCAACACAGCAGCGGCAGCAAGUGUCACUUACAGGGAAUGAUAUCGCGGACUUAACAGGAAGUAAUGGUUAUCAUUUUUGUCAAAAAAGUCUCAUAUUAUUGUCUCCCAGGGAAUAUUUCAUGCAUAAAACUCAACGUGAAACAUUAUGAAGGAGGAUUAGGACCACAUUUAAAAGAAAAAAAGUGGAAAUAUUGAAUGUUUGAACAAGAUAUCGCGCUAACAAUAAUAAAGAUUAAACACACUUCUUAGCACAGGGUUGUCCCAAAAAAAUGGGCUGUUUUUUCCUCAUUCACCAUAAGCAGGUAAUAAUUUCUAAAUACAUUAAUAGUUAUACUGUAAAUACAAGUAUAACGUACAGCAUACAUGCGCCACUACUGAAAAAAAACAAAUUUUUUUACAUGUUUUUAUCUUUACAAGGGCUGUCCAAUGAUGAAAAUACACAUUGUUUAAUCAGAUUAAUCACAGUUAAUAAAUUAAUUCAUUGUGACCAAUCACCAUUUCCAACUGUGAAAUAUGCCCAUUUUGACUGUGUUUUAGCCGACAUAUAGAGUCCUGAUAACAAUUUUAAGACCAGUUGAAAAAUUGCACGAAUUAAAAUUUUGCACUAUUGGACCUUAAUCAGGUUCUAAGUAGAGUUCCAAAAUGCAAAAUGAAGAAAUGGGAGUAUGACAAAAAUGUAUUUGAGUAAGCAAUUUAUUGCAAACAACCGUUUUCUAUGCCGCUUCUCCUCAUGAGGGUCGCGGGGCAUGCUGGAGCCUAUCACAGUGGACUUCGGGCAACAGGCGGGGUACACCCUGGACCGGUCAUCAGCCAAUGGCAGGGCACAUAUAGACAAACAACCAUUCACACUCACAUUCAUACCUAUGGACAAUUUAGAGUCUCCAAUUAACCUAACAUGCAUGUUUUUGGAAUGUGGGAGGAAACCGGAGUACCCGGAGAAAACCCACACACACACGGGGAGAACAUGCAAACUCCACACAGAUGCCCAACGGAGAGUCAAACCCAGAUCUUCCCGAUCUCCUGGCUGUGCGGCCAACACGCUAACCGCUAGGCCGCAAACAACCAUUAAACUGAAAUAGGCAUCAAAUGUUAAGGACUCAGUAAUGAGUAGUUGUGCCAUUCUUGUUAAUCACCUCAAAAAUUGGAUUGAUGCUUCAUUGAGGGCAUCCACUGUCUGGAUCUGAUGUCCAUUUUUGUAAACGUUCCUUGUCAUCCAUCUUCAAAUGUUCUCAGUUGGAUUUCGAUCAGAGGAACACACAGUAUGGUCCAAAAGAGUGAUGUUAUUGGAAGAAGUCACACUGGCGGGCAUUGUUAACUGCAGCGUUAUCCUGUUGAAAAACCCAGUCAUUACCACACAGAUGAGGGACUUCAGUCAUGAGGCGUGCCCCUCCAACAUCGACACAUAACCAGCUGCCGUUUGACGCCCCCGCACGACCUGAAGUUCCAUUGUUCCAUUGAAGGAAAAAGCACCUCAGAUUUAGUGGCGUUGAAGGAGACAAGGCCUUUGGAGACAUUUUUUUGUUUUUAAAACCCUUCUUUUAGCAUUUUGAAGCUCUACUUAGAAACGCCUGAAGAUCCAGCAGUGCAAAAUGUAAAUUCUUGCCAUUUUUCAACUGGUCUUAAAAUUUUGAUGAAGAGUUUAUGUACUGUAUUUAAGAUGACGUAUGUUUAAGAACAGCUCCAAAUGAACUGAAAAUAUAAAUCAAGCUCAAGCAUACAACACACACACACGUCUUUUUGCAACGUCUUUUGCAUGUCUCCCUGCAGUCCCUUUCAACUACAGCAGACUACAGGCUGGAGUUACAGUUACAGUUAUUAGCAUUGUCAUUUUCAAACGCCGUUCAACAAGAAUGCAACGUUAUCACAAUGAAAUCAGGGCCGUUGCUCCUUUUUCUUCUCCCCAGAAAAUUUUGAGAUGGUUUCUCUUCCCUAAAUUGCUGUUUUGCAACCACGUAAUAACGUGAAACGUAUUUUGAGUAGGUGUGCUCGUUGCACACAAACACAAGACACAGCUCUGAUUGCUCCACUUGACACUAAUGUGCGCCUCAUUCCUCGUUGGGUGGAAAAGCUUUUCAAUAUUUGAUCCUGCUCAUAAUGCUGUUUGCAUUUUUCAUGUAUGUAAGAGUCUGUCGUCCUUUAUUAUUUAUUGAAACACCUUCACUGUGUAGAACAGACAGGAAAAAAGCUUUGCACGCUUCCCUGCACUCAAGAAAUUGUUAUUUACUAUCAGGAGACGCUAUUACUAAAAUAUGAGACUAUAUAGUAGUGACGGGCAUGUAUGGGCCCAACGUUUCUCUCAUCAUGUUGGCUGCAGACCAGUUUAGAGUGUAGUCCUCCUUUUUGUCCAUAUUCCUCUGGGAUUGGCUUCAGCAUCUGCACAACCAAUGAUUGGGCAUUUUCUUAUUGGCAUGGGGUGGGCGAUACCGAUACCGCACACGUUGGUACUGAUCCAAUACCAAGUAAAUGUAGAGAACUUUUAGAUAGUUUUCACUUGAACGUUUUCAAGAUCCUUGGACGUUUUUGUGAUUUUUGCCUUUAAUUUGUUGAUGAUGAUUGUAAUCACAAUAAAACAGCACAUUUUAGGCAAACAAAAAAAUAUGUAGCCUCAAGGACAGGGUGUCCCAUAUAUUCAUUUAUUUAUGGUGGUCCAAGAUUUGGAUUCGGUCCUAUCUGUGUAGCCUGUAGUUCUAAUUCCAUACAGUGGAUGGCAUGGCAUCGCUGCUUAGUCAGAGGCACUGUUAUUACCAAGUGGCCGCAAGGCAUGCUGGGUAUGCCACAGCACCGCCCCUUGACGCUACAAUAUAGUGAGAUAUGGGAUCAUGUACAAUGACGUGCACAUUAUCUUUAAAACAAUCUGUAAUCAGAUGUGUCACUUCAAGUUACCUCAUGUUGAUCACGGCUGCAAAGUGACCCAAAAUGGAGCCAAAGAAAGUUGCAAGCAAACACGCCAGAUUAGAUAAGACCGGUUACUCGGCAUCCGCUUCCGCUGUAUAACCUGCACGGGUUUGGCCGUCACGAUGGGGAGCAUAAACAUUGCAUUGUGAAGAUGCCCUCCACACACUGUUCAGCCAUUAAUUGCGCUAAUAUACGGUCCAAAAGACCAGGUUCGUCAUUUUUCAGGUUUCCCAAAGACAAAGACAGAUACGUGUGAUAAAGAAUGUGUAGAUUUCUAACACUGGUAGUUGUAAAUAAACAGAACAGUGGCCAAGACUUCAGGUGUAUUCCCACACAAUAUAGCUUAAAGCUUUGUUUCUCUGGCUGCUUAGUUGAAUUAAUGACAAGUCAGUGAUGAUGAUCAUUUAGAUUAUUGUCUAUGAAAUGUAUUGACGAUGCCAUUCCUGAAAUAAAUGCUGCAUUGUAUUAAUACUUCCAGUUAAUUACCCAUACAAUAUAACAUUUCUGUUGUGCCUGAACGUCAUGAAAAAAUAAACUGAUUUUUAAAAAAAAUCAACUAACUGGACUGGUAAUGAAUG